AAACAUCGUACUGGGCUUGCCCGCGGGCAAAUCUCGAUUACCCUUCUCAAGGGAGCGUAUAAAGCUUCUUCGCUCCUAAUAGGGUUUUUGUUUAUCUCGCCGUCGAUCGCCGGAACCCGAAAAUGCCGUCUCACAAGACUUUUAGAAUCAAGAAGAAGCUCGCGAAGAAGAUGAGGCAGAAUAGGCCGAUCCCGCACUGGAUCCGCUUGAGAACCGACAACACGAUCAGAUACAACGCAAAGCGCAGGCACUGGCGUCGCACCAAGCUAGGGUUCUGAGGUGCUUUCGAUUCCUAACUUCAAUGUUCAUUUACCUUGAUUUUGUUAAGUUUCAGAACUUGAAUUUUCUCAAGGAUCUACAUUUGUAUUUCCGCAACUGAAAUUUAGUUUAUCGGAUAUUUUUGUUUAAUCAUCGUUACACUCAAGAUUGAAGUGCGGAAUAGAGUGAAUUUACCUUCAA